AUGGCGGCGCAAAGAGGAGCGAACGGUGUCGAGAAGAAGAAGCGCUCAAAGAAGCGAAGGACGAGAACAGAAGUCUCAUCCUCCAGCGAAAGCGACAGCGACAUCUCCAGCGAAAAAAGCGCUGUCACACCAGCAUCCCUUGACACAAGCCAACAGACCAAGCAAAACCCACCCUCGCCCACCCCCCUCAAAAAACCAAAAAAGAAAUCCAACCCAGCCUCCUCUACCUCACCAGACAACGACGUAACCAUGGAAGACGCCCCUCCUCCAUCUCCUCCUCAAGCACCAUCAGCAACCGCCAAUCCCCCUGCCGCAGGCCAGCAAAGCAACGAGGACUUCCGCACGCUGUACGUCCGCAAGCUAGCCACGGAAUACGGCGACGAUCUCGACAAAGUACGCGAAGCGCCGGAUUUCAAGGCAAGUAGCGUGGCGAUGCUUAUUCAUGCGUUGAAGCAAGGGGAGACGUUGUUUAGUGGGGAGGAGAGGAGGAGGGUUGUUGGGGCUGGUGGUGGUAAAGUUUAA